CCAGCAGAGCGCUUAAAUACCGUCAUGCGGCCACAAGCGGCCUUUUCCCCUGCCGCCGCCGAAUUGCGCGGAGGCGGAGGCUCGGGUGCGUUCAAGAUUCGGCCUCACCCGUAAUCCACCGCCAUGGCCGAGGAAGGCAUUGCUGCUGGAGGUGUAAUGGACGUCAAUACUGCGCUACAAGAGGUGCUGAAGACCGCCCUCAUCCACGAUGGCCUAGCACGUGGCAUCCGCGAAGCUGCCAAAGCCUUAGACAAGCGCCAAGCCCAUCUCUGUGUGCUCGCUUCCAAUUGUGAUGAACCUAUGUAUGUCAAGUUGGUGGAGGCACUUUGUGCUGAGCACCAAAUCAACCUAAUUAAGGUUGAUGACAACAAGAAGCUAGGGGAAUGGGUAGGCCUCUGUAAAAUCGAUCGAGAGGGGAAACCACGGAAAGUGGUUGGUUGCAGUUGUGUAGUGGUUAAGGACUAUGGCAAAGAAUCUCAGGCCAAGGAUGUCAUCGAGGAGUACUUCAAGUGCAAGAAAUGAAUAAAUAAAAAUUUUGAAUCAUU